GAAGGUUCAGGCAGAGAAUGUAAAACAAAACUUUUAAGUAUAUUCAAAAUAGUGAUAAAAUACAAUAUUGUGAAAUGUUAAUGAAAUGGAACGAUAAUUGUGAAUCGGCAUUAAUCACUUAACUAUAAUCGAUAGGAAGGACCGUGGUAUAUGGUAAAAAUUUAUAUCGUUAGCUCUCUUCACCAACCUCUAAAAAAAUGUAAACAAACAUUUCAUUAUACUCAAAAAAUAAGAUUUUUCAAAAAAGCAUGGAAAAUUCUGAUGAUUCUAUAGUUUUGACCUCCCGUCGGAAAAGUACAGUAUGGACCCGUGAAAAAAUUACACAAUUGAUUGAACUUUACCGUCAGCAUGACUGUUUAUGGAACCACUAUAUUGAGGCAUAUAAAAAUAAGGAAAAACGAACAAAAGCCAUCGACGAUAUUUGUAACAGCUUACAUAUAACCAGAUUAGAAUUUGGAAAAAAAAUUCACAACUUGCGAAAUCAAUUUAAUUCUGAGAUGAAAAAACUUGAAAGGAGAGUUGAGGAAACUGGAUACGACACGGAGUCAACAGCAGAAGGAUGUCGGUGGAAACAUUUUCAAUCACUUAAAUUUCUUCAUGAUGUAAUUGAACCACGUCCAGGAGGUUAUCUGGCUAAAAAAAGAAAAAUAAGCUCCAAUACUAAAUAUGAUAACAGCAGUGAAGAGGAGACAAAGGAACCUAAUAACAAAGAUUCAAAAGUACGUAAAAGGGAUGUAGUAAUUGAGCAAAUCACAGAGUAUCAAUUUGAUGAUGCGACCAUUGUUGACAAUUCUGCGGUAAUUUCUGAGCAUUCAUCCGUAGAUCGAUCAAUGAAUUUUAAUGAACAAGGGAGUGAAAACAUAAUUUCAACUUUGGUUGCUGAAAGCGAAACAAACAAUAUUUUCAAUUCUCCACCAUUAAAUCAACAUCUGCAAAAUGUAAAUCAAGCAGACUUGAAUAAAGCUUCUAAAAUUUUGGACCAAAAAUCUAUUUUGCAAUUGAAACCACAAAGUCGAGGGGAACCUAUAGAAGAACCACAGACUGGUCAAACAAAUUUUUGCUGCCACAAUUCCAAUUGUGGAAUGCAGUAUAACAAAAAUAUGUUAGGUAUGGGAUCUAAACAAAGCAAAGAUAAAUGUAUGUUCAUCAGUUCAAGAGAUGAGUGGGACGCUUUUGGUGAAUUGAUUGCAACAGAAUUUCGUCAUCUUAAUUCACUUAGUUCAAAAAAAAAACUGAAACGAAAAAUUAUGCAAGCUAUACUGGAAAUAGGAGAAGAAGAUGAUUCUACUUCAGGAUGAAAUUAUAAAAUUUUUCGAAUUUGUAAAUAUAACUGUUUUACUAUAUAUUGUGAAGUACUUCUAAA